AUUCAAAAUCCCACCCAAAUUGCAACACCAAAAGGGCUAUUAAUUUCAAACCUUACCCUCAAUUUCCUCCAGCUUUGUGGGUAUUUCAUAGGAUCAAAUACUGGUCGUGUAAUUUCCUUAUCCAAAAGUUGACUAAGAUGGUGAAAAGAAAUGUGGACCUACGAUCUGACACCGUCACAAAACCGACCGAAGCAAUGCGAGCUGCAAUGGCGAUUGCGGAGGUAGACGACGAUGUGUUGGGCAACGAUCCUUUAGCCCUCAAGUUAGAAACAGAGAUGGCAAAGUUGAUGGGGAAAGAGGCAGCUUUAUUUGUUCCAUCAGGCACAAUGGGGAAUCUCAUAAGUGUUCUUGUACAUUGUGACAUUAGAGGGAGUGAAGUGAUUCUUGGAGACAAUUCCCAUAUCCACGUCUAUGAAAAUGGAGGCAUUGCAACCAUUGGAGGAGUCCAUUCAAGAACAGUCAAGAACAAAGAUGAUGGAACAAUGGACAUUGAUUUGAUCGAAGCUGCCAUUAGAAAUCCUAAGGGAGAGCUGUUCUUCCCAACAACUAGGCUCAUUUGUUUAGAGAAUACACAUGCCAAUUCUGGUGGCAAAUGUCUUCACGUAGAAUAUAUUGAUAAGGUUGGAGAGUUAGCUAAGAAACAUGAUCUGAAACUUCAUAUUGAUGGAGCUCGUAUUUUCAACGCUUCAAUCGCACUUGGAGUUUCAGUUGAUCGAUUGGUACAAGCGACUGACUCAGUAUCAGUGUGUCUAUCAAAAGGUUUAGGUGCACCUGUUGGGUCAGUUAUUGUCGGCUCCAAAAGCUUCAUUGCCAAGGCUAAAAGGGUAAGAAAAACAUUGGGAGGAGGAAUGAGGCAGAUAGGCAUCCUUUGUGCAGCUGCGCUUGUUGCUAUCAAAGACAAUGUUCCAAAACUUGCAACCGAUCAUCAAAAUGCCAAGCUACUAGCUAGUGAAUUGAACCAAAUCAACGGAUUAAAGGUGGAUCCAAAAUCAGUUGAAACAAACAUCAUAUUUCUUGAGAUCGAACAAGACUCCAAAAUCUCAGCAGAGUCACUGUGUAAGAACUUGGAAGAACAUGGCAUUCUUUUGAUGCAAGAAAGUUCAUCAAGGAUUAGAAUGGUUGUUCAUCAUCAAAUAUCAGCAAGUGAUGUUAAUUACACCAUAAAUUGCAUUAAGCAAUUUGUUUGUGGGUAUCCACUUCAAAGUGGCUACUGAUCACACAAAGCUCUCUAUCUAUUUCUGUGGAAUUUGCUAUCACUUGUGAAGCAAUAAAAUGUUUGCUAUUGUAAACAACUUAUGGCACAUUUCUAAUCUCCAUAUUAA